AUGGGGGGGAAGGACUCUCAGGGAAGGGCAGGACCCCAGGGCACGUCCCAGCUAGCUUGGGAGGUGUCUCUUGGCUUCCUGCUGGGGUUGGGGGCUGGGCCGCAGAGAGGGCAGGUGGUGAAGUUUCAGGCCACCAGGGACCGUUGGAUUGUGCCGUGUGAGCCAGGCCAGGACCCCUCCGCCGGAGCAGGGGGUGACGGGUCUCUCUCUCCUUUGCCCCAGGGCCCCGACAAAGCCCGCUCUCAGCUGCUGAUUGUGGACCGGAGCUUCGACCUGGUGUCCCCACUGCUGCACGAGCACACCUACCAGGCCAUGGCCUACGACCUGCUCAGCAUUGAGAACGACACCUACAAGUACGAGACGACAGGGACCAGCGUCUCGCGGGAGAAGGAGGCGCUGCUGGACGAAAACGACGAACUCUGGGUGCAGCUACGCCACAUGCACAUCGCUGAUGUCUCCAAGAAGGUGACGGAGCUGCUGCACACCUUCUCUGAGAGCAAGAGGCUGACCACGGACAAGGCCACCAUCAAGGACCUGUCCCAGAUGGUGAAGAAGUUGCCUCAGUACCAGAAAGAGCUGAACAAGUACGCCACACACUUGAACCUGGCUGAGCACUGCAUGCAGCACUUCAUAGGAUCGGUGGAGAAGCUGUGCGGCGUGGAGCAGGACCUGGCCAUGGGGAUGGACGUGGAUGGGAAGAAGAUCAAAGACCCCAUGAAGAUCAUCGUGCCCGUCCUGCUGGACCCCAGCGUGCAGGCCUACGACAAGCUCCGCAUCAUCCUGCUCUACAUCUUGAACAACGGUGUGAGCGCGGAGGCCAUCAGCAGGCUGAUCCAGCAAGCCAGCAUCCAGCAGCAGGGUGACAUCAUCUACAACAUGGAGCGCCUGGGCACCUCCUUCAUGCCUGGGAGUGGGCAGCUGCAACCCAAGAGGAAGGUGCGGCUGGAGUCCACCUACCACCUCUCCCGCUGGACCCCCAGGCUCAAGGACGUCAUGGAGGACAUCACUGAGGACAGACUGGACAGGGAGCUGUGGCCCUUCCUCUCAGACCCGGUCCCUUCCACCAGCUCCCAGGCUGCUGUCAGCACCCACUUCUGGCAUUGGCACAAGAACAGGCCAGCGGCCGAGAACCUGACGGGCCAGCGCCUCAUCAUCUACGUGCUGGGUGGGGUGUCCAUGUCUGAGAUGCGCUGCGCCUACGAAGUGACCCAGGCCAGCGAGGGCAAGUGGGAGGUGGUGAUCGGUUCCAGUCACAUCCUGACCCCCAGGCGCUUCCUGGAUGACGUCCAAACCCUCGACCAGCUGGCCCCCGAGGAGGCCUAGAAGCAGCCCCCUCCUCCCAGAGACUCUGCCCCCCACAGCUCGCUGCCCCCAGCUCCACCUGCUUUUCUCAACAAGGCACCUU